UAACCAAAGCCGUUAUUUUUCAAGAUUCGUACGGUUGUUUGAGAAUUGGGAGUGGAGUUGUUUUUCAAAUUAAAUUAAGAUUUGCUUUCUCCUGAAAUGUGAUAUUUGUUAAAGAUUGCACAGUGUUUGUUGUUUAAUGUUCGGUAUAGUGUAAUUCUAAACCAAAAUGAGUUCAGGAAAUUCGGAUGUUGAGCAAAGGCUGGCUCUCUCGAUGGUCGCACAAUUUGAUGAUUUAAAUAGACUGAAUAACGUUCUCAACGACGAAUAUUCGGAGCAAUGUUUCCUAGCAUUUGUAAAGCAGAUGGAAUGGGUGCGCAGCCAGUGGGCCUCAGCGGAGGCGGAGGCCUCUCGGUUACAGACAGAGUUGAUGGAGGCACACCAGACUCUGUCCAAGUGGGAGGCCAAGUUUGCACAUGUUCGGAAACUGCUGGACGGGGAAAAGAGAGAGAGGAACAUUGUUAUGAAGAAGUACAGUGAACUGAGUAAGCUACUAGACAUGGCCCGGGACUUGCUCUUUAAUGAUAACCGAGCAAAGCUAAAUGAUGAGACACUGCAAAAACUGGCUUUCCUCAAUGGCACCGCUCAUCAGGAGCAUAAUGCUAGACUCACUGGUGUUCCAGAGCUGAACUCUACUGGAACUUUACUCUCAGAGAUGUCCUACUCUCGCUCUGAAGAGGACCUGGACCUGUCCAUAGCAUCAACCCGUCGCUCAUGGGUACAGCGAGGAGGCUGGGCUGCCAGAGAAGCUCCUGCUGUAAAGAAGAGAAGAUCAUCCACCAGUUCUGCUACCAAGACGGUGGAGCUGCAAGGCGGUAAGGUGCUGGCCACCGCAACCACGACGCUAACUUUAGAACGCGCCGCCACCAACCAUGAUAUGAAGCCGCCCAAGAACUUCCAACCUAUAUCAGAGAGCAGCGACGAAGCGCCCCCACAGUCGGCCAGUAAGACCUCGGCCCGCCUGUCUGCCAAGCGACUGAAGGAGGAACACCCUGUGACACCCUCCGCGCCUCCUAGAACUACUGACACAGACACGGCUUCGGACACGCCCAUGCGUACAGUGCAGCGCACGCCCUCCGCCGUGUCGGCCGCGUACGGCGGCUCGCCUCGCGCCCGCCCUAGACAGCACAACUUCGUGGCCAAGAAUUUCUAUAAGCGGGAGACUUGCGGACCGUGUGGCAAGACCAUAAAAUUCGCGAAAGUAGGCAUCAAGUGUGAGACGUGCCGCGCGCAGGCGCACCCCGAGUGCCGCGCGCUGCUGCCUUUACCUUGCGUGCCCCCCGGCGCCGCCUCCAGGAGAAACAAUGCCCUGGAGGGCUGUAUCUCGGACUUCGCGCCUAGCACCCCGCCCAUGGUGCCAGCACUGCUUGUCCACUGCAUCAACGAGGUCGAAAAACGAGGGUUGUCUGAAAGGGGCCUCUACAGAAUCAGCGCUGUAGAAAAGGAUGUUAAGGGGCUAAAGGAGCGUUUCCUCCGCGGAUGUGGCUCACCACAACUAUCCAAUGAAGACAUUCACGUUCUCUGCGGCUGCAUCAAGGACUUCCUGCGCUCGCUACGGGAACCUCUCGUCUCCAACGCACUAUGGACCGAUUUCAUGGAAGCAGCUAGGCUAGGAGAGCCGACGGACGCCGCUGCGGCCGUGGUUCAGGCCGUGAGUCAACUGCCGCCACCCAACAGGGACACGCUUGCCUUCCUCGUGCUUCACUUGCACAAGGUUGCAGAGAGUCCUGAAUGUGAGAUGGGCAUAGACAACCUAGCUAAAAUCUUCGGGCCCACCGUAGUCGGCUACGGUAUGAUGACUCAGGCUGCCGAGAUGUAUAGCGCCACGGCGCAGAUGGUCAAUGUGAUGCAGCUGCUGCUGCGCCUGCCGGCAGACUACUGGGCGCAGUGGGCCUUCCCGCACGACGCGGGCUCGCCGCUCGCCGCGCCCCGCCGGAGGGGCUUCUUCUUCUCGCCCGUCGACACCGGAGUUCAAAGAAAGAAGAGAAACUACUUCCAGUGACAAAGAAGAACAGUAAUUAUGAAACAUAGCCAGUAGUUUUAAUUUAGUUUCUUUUUUUCAUAUAAGCAAACAUAUAUGUUAACCA